ACUUACAGGGGAGGAGGAGGCGCUGAGGCUGAGAGAAAAUUGUACUGUGAGGACCUUGACAGCUUCACAGGCGGGCUUUUCCUUUUCUUCCCUCCUUAUAUUUUCUGGAAUAUAUAUUUUUCUCUUUUACAAGCUGACUCUAUAAAACCACCCCUUCUCGCCUUGCAGAAGGCAUUUGACUUUCUCAGAGAUAGCUGGCAAGCUUUCAGACUAUAUCCUUGGAGAGGCCAGGGACAGGGGCGCAGGUGCACAGAGAAGACUAAGGAGUGCGCUUCUCUAGGACUUGGGCUCUCUGUCUCUCUGAGCUUUCCAGGCACUGAACUCAGACCUGCUAGGGCUGGAGCACCACCUUUUCGGCCAAGGCUCUGCCAAGGGUGCAUCCAGUGAGAUAUACACAGCUGCCGCCGCCUCAAAAGCUUCGGAGAGCGCCUAGACCUACCUCCUUCGCGCAUCUCCAGCCUUACAGGCAUCCCUCCCUGCCAUCACCACGGGGGCCCCAGCGUGAGGAUCACAGAUUCUCAGCCCUGGGUGCUCUGCUGCUGCCUCAAUUUGCUGUCGACCGGUUCCCAACGUCCAGGUCCAGAGAACCUGCCGGCUGUUCAGCAGCGCGGCUUUGCGGUCCGCGCACCAGUCUUCGCAAGGCAGGGCGCACAGCCCACAGCGCCUUGAGUCUCUCUCGGACACAGAGGGCGCUUCCCGCCUCCCUCUCUGCCCCGGCGCUCUUCUGGCCUCCCCCACCUGCUGGCGGGUCUCCUGAUUCCUUAGCUGCCAUCCCUCUGCCUUCCUUGUGUGCAGCAUGUCAGGCUCAGGGCGAAAAGACUUCGAUGUGAAGCACAUUUUGAGACUUCGCUGGAAACUCUUCAGCCACCCUUCACCUUCCUCCAGUGGUUCGGCCGGGGGCGGCUGCCUGCAACAGGACAGCAGUAGCAGCUUCGAGCACUGGGGACCCAGUCAAAGCCGCUUGCUCAAGAACCAAGAGAGAGGCAGUGUGAGCGCUUUCUGGAAGAAGCCUUCCACCUCUUCCUCUUCAUCAUCUUCCUCUUCAUCGUCUCCCUCUUCUUUCAACCCACUGAAUGGCACACUGUUGCCAGUGGCCACAAGGCUUCAGCAAGGGGCACCUGGACAGGGUCCCCAGCAGCCGGCCAGGACGCUCUUCUAUGUGGAAUCCCUAGAGGAGGAGGUGGUGUCAGCCAUGGACUUUUCUGGACAACAAGAAAAAGAGCUGGUCCUACAAGAGCUCAAAGUGGAGCCAGCCCACUCUAGCCAGGCAACAGGUGAAGCAUGUGGACACAGAUUGUCAGGAAACAAUCAUUCUCUGACACCUCAAAGUGAUAUGGACUCCGGUAGCUCUGAAGAAUUCUAUCAGGCAGUUCACCAUGCAGAGCAAACUUUCAGAAAGAUGGAAAGUUACUUGAAGCAACAGCAACUCUGUGAUGUUAUCCUGAUUGUUGGGAACCGAAAGAUACCUGCACAUCGGCUGGUUCUGAGUUCUGUCUCUGACUACUUUGCGGCCAUGUUUACAAGUGAUGUUUGUGAAGCCAAGCAAGAGGAAAUCAAGAUGGAAGGCAUAGACCCCAAUGCCCUCUGGGACCUUGUUCAAUUCGCAUAUACAGGUUGCUUGGAAUUAAAGGAAGACACCAUUGAAAAUCUUCUUGCUGCAGCGUGCCUUCUACAGCUUCCUCAAGUAGUGGAAGUGUGCUGCCACUUUCUCAUGAAGCUAUUGCACCCUUCUAACUGCUUAGGAAUCCGAGCAUUUGCAGAUGCUCAAGGAUGCAUUGAAUUAAUGAAGGUGGCCCAUAGCUACACAAUGGAAAACAUAAUGGAAGUUAUCAGAAAUCAAGAGUUCUUACUUCUUCCAGCUGAAGAACUCCAUAAACUCCUAGCCAGUGAUGAUGUUAAUGUUCCUGAUGAAGAAACCAUUUUCCACGCAUUAAUGAUGUGGGUCAAGUACGACACACAGAGGAGAUGCAAUGACCUAAGUAUGCUUCUUGCCUUCAUAAGACUGCCACUGCUUCCACCACAGAUAUUGGCUGACCUAGAAAACCAUGCAUUAUUUAAGAAUGAUCUCGAAUGUCAAAAGCUGAUUCUAGAAGCAAUGAAAUACCACCUAUUGCCAGAAAGAAGAACUUUAAUGCAAAGCCCAAGAACUAAACCUAGAAAAUCUACAGUUGGAACUCUGUAUGCUGUUGGAGGAAUGGAUAACAAUAAAGGAGCUACAACCAUAGAGAAAUAUGACCUUAGAACAAAUUUGUGGAUCCAGGCAGGGAUGAUGAACGGCAGGAGACUGCAGUUUGGCGUGGCUGUUAUUGAUGACAAACUCUUUGUAAUUGGAGGUCGAGAUGGCUUAAAGACUUUGAACACUGUUGAAUGUUACAAUCCGAAAACAAAGACUUGGACAGUCUUACCCCCAAUGUCAACACAUAGACAUGGUCUAGGUGUAACAGUACUUGAAGGCCCUAUUUAUGCUGUGGGAGGCCAUGAUGGUUGGAGCUAUCUAAAUACAGUGGAGAGGUGGGAUCCUCAGAGUCAACAGUGGACAUUUGUAGCCAGUAUGUCAAUUGCUCGAAGUACAGUUGGUGUAGCAGCAUUAAAUGGCAAGUUAUAUUCAGUUGGAGGUCGGGAUGGAAGUUCCUGUUUGAGUUCAAUGGAGUAUUAUGACCCUCAUACAAACAAGUGGAACAUGUGUGCUCCGAUGUGUAAGAGGAGAGGGGGUGUGGGAGUGGCCACAUGUGAUGGUUUUCUUUAUGCAGUAGGAGGUCAUGAUGCUCCAGCUUCAAAUCACUGUUCCCGGCUACUAGAUUAUGUUGAGAGAUACGAUCCCAAAACAGACACAUGGACUAUGGUGGCUCCUUUGAGUAUGCCCAGAGAUGCAGUUGGGGUUUGUCUCCUUGGUGAUAGAUUGUAUGCGGUUGGUGGCUAUGAUGGGCAGACAUACCUCAACACAAUGGAAUCCUAUGAUCCACAAACUAAUGAGUGGACACAGAUGGCUUCUUUGAAUAUUGGAAGAGCAGGUGCCUGUGUGGUAGUUAUCAAGCAACCUUGAUUGACUCUUAUUUGGGUGAAUUGUAUUUGCUGGAGUGGCUAUUAUAUCCGAGGACAAGAAUGAGAACUUAUUGAGAUGAAAAUUCUUGAAGAAUAAGAAUUUCUGUAGAUUCACAUAUUGAUGUCAAAGAUGGUAGAAAAUUCAAAUGGAACUAUGGAAAACAUCAACUGGUUUGAAGAAGAACAUCUACCAUGUAAUAGUUACUUCAGGAAUGGUUAUUGGUAAUUUGUUCUGUAUUGUAGCAUACAAUAACUAGAAUUACCAAAGGCUUGUUUUUCUUGAUCAGUUAAAAGAAGAGCCCGAUAUUUGUGACAUGAGUAAUUUCAAGACUACAAUUCAUUCAAUGACUUUAUAAUCUUUGAUCGAAUCUCCGAGGUAGCCAAGAGUAGAAGACAAGCUAUUUUAUCGAACAGGAUCUGAUUGGAUUACUGUUUUCCUAAUCACAUGUGGUCAUGCAAGGGAAAAUAAUGAUGUUUUAUUAAAACAAAGAUGCUUCUUCCUCAUUUUCCUAAGCUAUAAGGACAAUUAGAUAAAGAGAUUCCUGCUUGUCUCUUGCAUUCAGAAAACAAAUAGUCCUGCUAAUAAAAGCUACAUGUUUUAUCUGAGAUGAUGGUUGAAUUUGUUGCAAUCUGAAGCUGGCACAAACAAAGGAUCAUUUUAGUUAGACUUGCCACAUUGCUUUGCUUUAUAAACACACUGAACCAAAGAAUCAGUAAAAUAAUGGGCUUUUGCCUUAUGUUGAAGUUCAGUGUAAGCAUGGGAACUUGUCUUUCUGAAUGUUAUAUAUAUAGCCAUUGCAUGUUGGAGUCCUUUAGAAUUUUGUUCUUCAAAAGAAAAAACAAACAGAAAAAAAAACCCAGAAUUUUGAGAGAAAAACAUACGAUAUUUUAAAUUGGACUAUUUAUGAUCAUCGUUAGAAAGAAGGCAUUCCCUGCUUUUCGAAGUUGUUAAUUGAUAUGCACAUUAUUUUAAGCCAAAUGUUUGUAAUUGUUUAAAGCAUAAAAUGAGAACAUUGAAACAACGUCUUUAAUAGACCCAUGUGACUUUUAAAUACGAUUAAUAAAUGAUAGAAAAUUUGC